AUGGUGAAGUUUAUUCCUGGUACCUCCGCAAGUGCUGUCAACUUCCAGGCUUACCUUCUAGAUGGUGUAUCAAGAUGGAACUACCUACGGUCAGCAGCAGCCAUGAAUGUAGGACCAACAACAUUUAGAACGUUCGACUUUAGGUUAACGCAGAAAGUGAAUUCUCUCAGCCAAUCACUCCACAACAAGUCGCUGGUUCCUGUCCACAUGAUCCCAGCAGAAUAUACAGGGGAGUUGAUUGGAAUUGAGUACCUGUACAAACAGAGUGGCUUCUUGUUACCAAAGGAUGAAGAGCUUGAAGCUGAAAUAGAUGAAGGCUUUGAAGACUUUGAGGACGACGCGCAACAAGCUCUCAACUUUGGUAAUGAGCUAGAGGAAGACGUUCUGCCAGCUGCCCCGGUGUACUCCAGUAACAGUGAGGAUCACGAAAAAGAUGAUUUUUGUAGGAAGAGGAAGAAGAGGAACUAUCAGAGGCCAAUCAAGUAUACAGCCAAGGUCAAGAAGCCAUCAAAGGGACGCUUUGCUAGAUCAAAAGGUGGUUUUGUUGGUGUAGAUGCUGUCAAAAGGGUAUUAAUUUUAUAA